UUGCCAGUGUGGCAGUGAGAUUUUGACUAACUGGCUGACUGACUGGGGGAUUCUGGAGGAGUCACACGGGGAAGGGACGACACGCUCUCCGGUUUUCUCUUUUUCCCACCCCUUUCUCUCCUUCUAAUCUGUCAUCACCGGAGAGGUCGAUGGUUUUGUAGCUGCGAAGCCUGCAUCCAUCUCAGCGGCGGAUUUUGUUUUAUUUCUCCUCUCCUCGAUUGGCCGAACCGGGGCUGAUCCCAGCCAACCUGGGCCGGGCCGUGGAGCUGUUCAGCGAGCCUUAUAGCUGAAGUUGGCGGCACCCGAGAUGAGCGCCUUGAGACCCGGGAGCGGGGCUCUCUCCUCGCCGGGGAGACGGUUUGGGUCGUGGCGGUGUUGCUGCUGGUGGUGGUGGGUAUUGGUAGUCGGGGUGGCGGUAGGUUCGGGUGAUCCGUGGAUGUCCGCCGAGGCAUGCCCCUCUUCUUGUUCCUGCAGCAGCACCAGGAUCUCUUGCGUGGACCCGGAGCGGGGUAUCAAUGCCUUCCCCGUCCUGCAAACCGAGGCAGAGAUGGAGAACAUCACCGACAUUUACAUCGCAAACCAGAGCAGCUUCUCCUCCAUCAGCGACAAAGACCUGCACUACUACAAGAAUCUCAGGAACCUAACGGUGACCAACAGCAGGCUAACAUAUGUAUCAAAGCUGGCCUUUCAGAGCAACUUUAGACUGCAGUACUUGAAUCUGAAAGAUAACAACCUGUCAUCCCUGUCCUGGAGGAUAUUCAAACACCUCAACAUCUCUUAUCUGAUCCUGUCUGGAAACCCUCUCCACUGCUCCUGUGAGAACAUGUGGAUCAAACUGUGGUUAGGAGAGGAAGCAGACAUUCAGGAGCUCCGCUGCAUUGAGGAUGGAGGAGCACGCAAACUGCUGUCCAGACUGACAUUACCUAACUGUGAGGUUCCCACGGCAAUGUUAACCCCAUCCAAUUUGACCAAAAUGGAGGGUGAGAAUAUGGAGCUGUUGUGUACAACCUCUGGUGUCCCAUCUCCUGAGCUGUUCUGGGAUAUGAUACGUGUCGGCAACUAUGAGAUAGCGACAUCAGGCCAGACUUCCAAGCUGCAACUGUUUAACCUGUCUUCCACGGAUCACAACAGCAAGAUCAGCUGCACAGCUGAAAACAUUGUAGGAGACAAAGAGUCCUCCGUGGUGCUGAAUAUACUAUUUCCUCCCAAAAUCACAAAGCUGAGUGACGCAAUUCCAGAUCAUCAUUGGUGUAUUCCCUUCAGCGUGACAGGAAACCCUAAGCCAACUUUCAAGUGGUCACAGAAUGGUAAGCCAGUGAAGGAGGGGGAGUACAUCUUCACCAGGAUCCAUGACUACGCUGAGAGAGAGUACCAUGGCUGCUUGCAGUUGGACAGCCCUACACACAUCAACAAUGGGCGUUACAAACUAGAGGUUGCAAACCCCUAUGGCACAGACGAAAAAGAAGUUGAUGCUCAUUUCAUGCUCAUGCCGUCCGAUGCAACAGAUCCGGAGCCUUACUAUUAUGCAGAUCAAACCACAGACACCCCUCCUCUGAAUCAACGCGAGGACAGAGUCGCUGUGUACGUGGUGGGGGGCAUCGCUGGUGUAGCCUUCGUUGGUUUCCUUGUAAUGUCGAUUAUUCUCAAGUUUGGAGGAAACUCCAAGUUUGGCAUCAAAGGACCAUCUUCGGUGAUCAGCAAUGACGAUGACUCUGCUUCUCCUCUUCACCACGUCUCCAAUGGCAGCAACACUCCUUCGUCCUCAGAGAUGGGCCCUGACGCAGUAAUCAUCGGCAUGACCAAGAUCCCAGUGAUCGAAAACCCUCAAUACUUCAGAAGCACAAACAGCCUGCUCAAGACUGACACGUUUGUCCAGCAUAUUAAAAGACAUAACAUUGUGCUGAAGAGAGAGCUGGGAGAGGGAGCCUUUGGGAAAGUCUUCCUGGCUGAGUGUUAUAACCUUUCACCUGACCAGGAGAAGAUACUGGUGGCCGUCAAGACACUUAAAGAGGCCAGCGAAAAUGCCAGGAAGGAUUUCCAUCGUGAGGCUGAGCUGCUGACGAACCUUCAGCAUGAGCAUAUUGUCACUUUCUACGGAGUGUGCGUGGAGAGCGACCCGCUCAUUAUGGUGUUUGAGUACAUGAAACACGGUGACCUCAACAAGUUCCUCAGGGCUCAUGGUCCAGAUGCAGUUUUGAUGGCAGAGGGCCAGACCACCAGACCUGUGGAGCUGACCCAGUCUCAAAUGCUACACAUUGCCCAGCAGAUAGCAUCUGGCAUGGUCUACCUGGCAUCACAACACUUUGUGCACCGUGACCUGGCCACAAGGAACUGCCUGGUGGGUGAGAACCUGCUGGUAAAGAUUGGAGACUUUGGCAUGUCAAGAGAUGUCUACAGCACUGACUACUACAGGGUUGGAGGUCAUACCAUGCUGCCCAUCCGCUGGAUGCCUCCUGAAAGCAUCAUGUACAGGAAGUUCACAACAGAAAGCGAUGUUUGGAGUCUCGGAGUUGUUCUCUGGGAGAUCUUCACCUAUGGAAAACAACCCUGGUACCAGCUCUCCAAUAAUGAGGUGAUAGAGUGUAUAACCCAGGGCAGGGUGCUGCAGCGCCCUAGGACCUGUCCUAAAGAAGUGUAUGACCUGAUGCUGGGCUGCUGGCAGAGAGAGCCACACAUGCGUCUCAACAUUAAAGAAAUCCACAGUCUGCUCCUCAACCUGGCCAAGGCCUCGCCUGUGUACCUGGAUAUACUGGGCUGAACGCAGGAGGAGGCUGAAGAAGGGUUUUAGCUGUGUGUGUGCGACACGUGUGCAUUUAUGUGGGGAUGGUCGCUGAAUGUGAACGUGAAUGCAUAUUUGUGGUUGCGUGCAUGUGUGUGCGAGCUGCAGCGUGCGAAGCUGAUGCAGGUGUGCGUGUGUGCAAGGUGUCGCUGUACAGGAUGUGAAGCUAUUAUUAAACUCUCAAAGGCAAUCAAAAAAUUCCUCAACUGAUCCCCGAUCGCCUCUUUCUUCCCUGCCGAUGUCCUCUCCUUUAUGCAUUUCCAUCCCCCUUCCUUACCGAAGAGACAUUUAAGAGUAAUUUAACUUUGGAGUAAAAAGAAAAACAAAAAAAACAACAGCAUCUCACUUAUUUUCAAAUGCUUUAAACUGACUGGGGCUAAACUGAUGAAACCUAAUUUAAAGGACUUUUAAAUGACUCAUUCCCUGCUGCCUGUUGGACAACAGGACUCGUUUGAACAUCCGCAAAUUUCGAGGAGACGUGGCGAGGGGAGGAUUUCCGGAAGCUUCUAUCUCUUGCGUGUAAAUAUGAGACUGGCGAAGGAAAUGGCUCUGAGAGAUGUCGAGCCAUAAAGACACUGUGUUUUCCCUGCCCACCCUGUCGGUUUGUCUGUCUUUUUGUCUGUCUCUCACAAAUGCAUAUCAGUAUUAAUGUCUGCAUUCAUCCAACAAGACUACACAGGCAAUGAUUAACACGUUGGUACACAUACAGUAAAUUGCGUGUGACCAAAUAAUGACUGGAGAAAAAAAACAAUAAACAGAAUCUGCUUUCCUGUCACACAAAAUUAGGAGAUGUGAUGAAAAGAUCAUUUCUGGUCGGCCAAUUUUGCUGAUGCAAAAAAACCCCAAAACAGCGGCAGCUGAGGCUGAUCUGAACUGCUGUGGUGACGGAAUAAUUCAGGAGUACGGCGGAGGAAUUGUGCGAUAUUUAAUCGUGAGUAAUACAAAUGUUAAAAAAAAGUGUCUGAUCUACAUUAUCUGCUCUUGUUCUGUUGUUUUACUCAGGCCUGUACUGCACUGUCAUACAGCACAGGGUAACAUGAGGACUACUCCCCCAACCCCCUAAAGUGACAGAUGCUUCACCUUGUGAUGUCAAGCGCUCAUGUCAGAGGUCAAUUGAUUCAUUUGUCCACAGCUGUCCAACAAUCGCGAGAUCAUGGCGUCGGGGAGGGAGGCGUAAAGGUUGCCUGGGGAGGCUCGGGGUUUGAGUGGUCAGAUGACGGUCAGAUGUGUGGGUGGCGGCAUUGUAGAAGGUGUGGUUCAUUUGGUCAACCCAUAUUAAAUCAUCAAAGCUCUCAGCACUUAGACAUCCUUGAAAACCACAUCUGCGCUACAGGGGAUGCACACGAGAACACACACACACACACACAGUGUAUACUUUAUCCCGUCAUACUUCCAUCUCCACAUCCUCACACACACACACACACACACACACUGAAAGUCACUCAAAACUGUCCAAGAAGGAAAUUGAAUUGUGCAUGUUUUAUUAUUUGAGCGGUGCAGUGCUUUAGCCAGGCCUCGUGCUCUGUAAUGGUGUAAUGUAUAUUUCAUUACAGCCUAAUGGGCUCCAUUAGCACAGUCUCCUCACAGACAUUCAAGACUUAUUGUUUUACGGCCGAGAAGCAAGGGUGGAAGGAUGGAGAGGAUAGAAGAGGUGAAGGAGAAGAAAACAAAAGUAAGGGGCCCGGAAUGAGGAGCAGCAGAGGGGAGAAAUGGGAGGAGAGGUAAUAAUGCAUGGUGGGAAGAAAUGGAGAGGACGGGAGAGAGUUCAGAUCGGAAGCAAUGGGGUAGAAAGGAGAAGACGAUGGGAGUGUGACGGUACGGAUGGGUCAUGUGGAGAAAGAUGAAGGAGGAAGAGUAGACAGUUGAGUGGAAAGGCGGAGGGAGAGAGUGGCGGAAAGAGAGGUGUAAAUGUCCCCGGGGAGAAGGUGAGCGCGAACAUCCCUCAUUACUGUAGCCUGCAGAUGUUCUGUAAGCCACAACUUCAACUUCACGCUCUCCUCACAUUCCUACAGCUGCCCUCAACCACAUUUUACACACAUGCACACUUCCCCACACACAUUUUACUGGCAGUCCACCAACAGCUUAAACUGAAAAUAAACUCAAUAAUGUACCACACAUGCCCAUUAUUGAGAACCACUUCACUCACUUACAGUACAGCUCACAUAUCUGAAAGCUUACAGACGCACUGUAUAUACAGCAUCUCGUGCAUGCAAGGAGACACAUUCUGUGUUUGUUUUUUUUGCAUUUUACUGGGGCAUAUUUAUCCUUUACAGAUAUAUGAGGUACAAAAAAAACCUAAAAAAACCCAAAAAAAACAGUCAUAAUCACUGCGGUUUCACUUACAGCCAUUUUUAAUUCGAUGUCUUCUUGUUUAUUAACAACAGCACUUGAUGGUAUUGGUGUUUGUGGAUUUUGAAAAUGUUGAUUUUAUUGAUUUCUAGUAUUAUUAUUUAUAAAUUAAGAAGCAUUUUGUACAUUUCUUUCUAUAACUGAAGUUGCCUUUUGCAACUACAACUUGACUGAAGUUGAACACUGGUUUAGUUGAUUACAUUUUAGCAAGAUAAUCUUGAGUGUAUAUGUAUUUUUUAUGUCAGGCUCCCUCUAAACAGUUACUAUGCCUGUCCUCUUCGUGCAGCCCGCUGCACAACAGGGAUGGAUGUUUCGUCAGUCCGUCACUUUUCUAGAUUUAGCUCGACAUAUUGCGAAAUUAUUGUCACCUGUCAGCGCUAAGUGUGAGGCUUAAUGGAAGAAGCAUUGACAGUACGCACUAACAAGGCUCCUAGAAUCCAUCCCUGCUGUACAGUCAAGUAGAGUUUGCACUGAGUGAGCACACUCGCAAACACGUUCAAAAACUUGCCACACAAUAACUCUGUGCAAUAACAGAGGGCACGGUGUGCGAGGGCCUGUGUGUGAGCUGGAAAUAAUAAGAAAAAAAAACUAACUGUGAGAAACCAAUGCAGCGCGUAUGAGAACGCCUCUGGUGUCAAAAGAGUAGCGUACGUUGAAGAAACAAGUUCAGCUGGCUGCACCGUGUGUGCACGUACCCGCUGUGUUUCCUUUUCUUUCUUUUUUUAACAAAGUAAUGAACUGUGUCAAGUUGGACAGCGGUGAUGUUUUGAUAGUUGCUGUGAGAGGAAGAGGCUGUGAGAGAGGUGUUUGCUAAGACGAAGACUGGUCAGCAAAGAUCGACUCUGUGUCUUCGCAUUGAUGCCUCACAUCACAGAGAUUUCAGCAAAGGGGAGACGAUAAAAAAGUAAAGGGAAAAACAACAACUGCUGUAUGACCAGACACCUCAGACGAGGAGGGACUGACAAUCACAGACUUCUUUCUCUCUCUUAUUCAAGUGACCUACUGUAAAAUAGACUAUUCAACCAACUUUCCUCUUCUAUGCUGCCUAUACUGUAUGUGAUAGUCUUAAACUUUGGUCUUUAGAAGUGCUACUUUUCCUUUUUUCUUUCUUUCUUUUGUUCUUUCUUUCUUUUUUUUGUAAAAUGAAAUAACAGCAAGAGGAAUGAACAAAAAUACAAAUGUACAAAUGUGAAUAAGCUGCUGAAAGAAAUAAGCAUUGCUAACUACUGUGUCCCGGACUGUGUCGGUAUCUAGAUUGUACUAUUUUCUUCCUUUGUUUUCGAAGUAGAGGGCAGAGAAAUGGGAAGCUGCACUGGACUCACAAAUACACAAGAUGACAUACAGCAGCCCCCGGGAUUCAGAGUGAUGCUUGCUCAUUCUCUCGGGGGGUGUUUGCGUGCGUGUCUGUGUGUGUGUGUGUUUGUGUCUGUGUGUGUGUGUGUGUGUGUGUGUGUGUGUGAAGAAGGCUGAUUGAUGCCAGAGUGAGUCAGGAGGGAUCUGGAGGCUGGGUUUUAGACUCAAGUUCAAAUGCAAUGAGAUUCAAGACGAGGAUCACCGAUUGAUUUGUUGUCGCUGUUCACCAAUUCAUGAUAAAUGGCUUUCCCCAGUCGUGUAGGACUGUGGUGUGUAUUAUGGCAGCUAAGAUUUAUGGAAUCAGUCAAUUGCUUUAUUUAUGACUCCAAAAUCAGCCUUCUUCUCUACGCAACUUACUAAAGCCUGGUUUUCACACAGGUAUAUCAGCAAUAGUAACUGAUAUUUUCCUUUAUUGGUUCUCCUCACUUUUAUGUAGUUUGCGCUGAGUUUGGGCUAAACCACGUGACUCAGUGGACCAAAGCAUAUAUCUCAUACAGUAGAUACACAUCGCAACUUUGAGUACGCUUUGAUCCGUAUCACAUUUAAUCCCUUCUCUCUCUCACAAGCCCAGCAUCACAGUCUAAGCUAAUAGAGCUAAAACAUCUUAAAGGUCAUCUCUGAGAUUACUUUUGUGCUUGGAUGCUUCUGGAGCCUGUACGCCCUGAAAAACAUAAUACCACAAAAACUGCUUUGCUGCAUAGAAAAAAAUAGCAUCGAGGAAGAAAACUGUGAUUUGCUAUAUGCAGUAUUUUUUAAUUUAAUUUUUUUUUUUUUUUUUUGUAUAAUUUUUGGGGUUCUGUGCCGUUUGUUUCUUGUGUUCAGGAAGGUUUAACCACUGCUAUUGUGGCAGGAGUGGAAGAAAGAGAGGAUGUUUUUUGGAUUGUCAGAAUUUUUAAAUGGGAUGGUGGACAACAUGUGUAUGGAAGAUGUGUUAAAAUGUUACUUGUUUGCCUACAGAUGCUCUUCAAAAUGUAAGAAACGUGUAUUGCAAAGCACACAAUGUUAUUAAAGCUGGAGAUGUUCUGUCUGAUCGAGAUCACAAACUUUUAUCUUUGCAA